CCACACAUGCAGGCGCUUGUUUUGUCACUGAACGUCAACACUAUUUCAACCGUAGGUGCGCCAUAUCAUCUUAUAAACAAGAGGGCGUACUCACAUAAACGGACCACCUCUACCGCCGCGUCUGUAGCUGCGCUUCCGUGUUUACACACCCACAAACCAGGAGGAGGACUAGCUAGCCCUAUGUUUACCGAGCGAGCUCAGAACGGGGGGUAUAGAAAGUGACACUGUCACACACGGGAGGCUUAUUGUAUGGUCCUAAAUAGAUAAUUUCAGGUUCCACGAUUGCAUUCUACAGCGGCAUGUUCACUCGAAGGGGCCAUGGAGACAUCAAGAAAUCUACACAGAAAGUUCUGGACCCAAAGAAGGAUGUACUGACUCGACUGAAACACCUCCGGUCACUGUUAGACAUCAGCGAGAAGAGUGAGCUGAAGACCUUCUUCGAGAGUAACUGUUCUCAGAUUUAUUUUAUCUUCUAUGAAAAUUUCAUUACACUGGAAAGCAACUUAAAGCAAAAAGGGAACAAAUCUCAAAGGGAAGAGCUGGACUCCAUCCUCUUUAUUUUUGAAAAAAUCCUGCAACUUCUACCAGAGAAAAUCUACAGCCGAUGGCAGUUCCACAGUAUAGGUUCUAUCCUGAAAAAGCUUUUGCACACUGGAAACUCGUUCAAGAUCCGUGGCGAGGGGAUCCGUCUCUUCCUGCUGUGGCUGCAGGCCCUGAGGGACAACUGUGCCGAGGAGCAGCUGCUGGUGUUCGCCUGCCUGGUGCCCGGGUUCCCCGCCGUGCCCUCCACCCGGGGGCCCUGCACCCUGGACACCAUCAUCUACAACCCCUUCUCCAGCCCCCCCGACGCCAAGGUGGUCCCUGAAGAGAUCACCCCGCUGGUCCCCGCCCUGCCUGGGGAGAAGGUGGCCGACGACCAGACCUGCCACGUCCUGCAGACCCUCCUCAAGUUCAUGGUGACGCAGGCUUCCAGCUUGGAAUGGAAGAACAAAGACACCCAAGACACAGGCUUCAGGUUUCUCUUCAGCCUGUUCAAGAAGUACUACCUUCCACACCUCUUCCCCUCCUUCACCAAACUCACCAACCUCUACAAGCCUCUACUGGACCUCCCCCACCACAGACCAAAGCCCCUGUACGUGCCGGUGACGCGGAACAACGAGAGCACCUUCUGCACCCGGGACCAGUACCUGGCGCCCCGCGUGGCCUUCAUCACCUGGCUGGUCACCUUCUUCCUGGAGAAGAAGUACGUCAGCUCCGCGGCCGCCGUGCCCAGCGCCAAGAACGGCACAGAGGUCAUCCCCAAACUCAUCCAGACUGUGACUGCAGGCAGUAGCAGCCAGGAGAAGGAGCGGGAGAGGGACAAGGAGAAGGGGGCAGGGGCCGGUGGAGGAGGAGGGGGUGGGGGAGGAGGAGAGGGGGAGCCCAACGGCCCCGCGGGGGAGCCGGAGAAGAGCCACUCCAACAGCAGCACCCUGUCGGACCGGCGGGCCAGCGACUCCAGCCUGUGCAGCAUCGAGGAGGAGCAGCGCUACGUGUACGAGAUGGUGCACGCCAUCCUGCUCUCCACCCGCGACAACGUCAACUUUGUCAACGAGGUCUUCCACCAGGCGUUCCUACUGCCGUCGUGCGAGGCGUCAGCCACCCGGAAGGUGAUCAAGGUGUACCGGAAGUGGAUCCUGCAGGAGAAGCCCAGCUUCAUGACGGAGCCGGACAAGAUCAGCCAGGAGGACGAGGUGGACGCCGUCCCCCAGCCGCCCCCCGUCAGAGAGACCCCCACCGCCUGUCCACCGGUGGCAGAAGUCCCCGGUCACAAGCGGACGUCCAGCUGGGGGAGAACCUACUCCUUCAGCAGCGCCAUCAGCCGGGGCUCCAUGACGGAGCAGCAGAACCAUGACAUCAAGGCUGGCGUCCAGUCCACCCUGCAGGUGUUUCUGACCAAUUCGUCCAACGUGUUCCUCCUGGAGCCCUGCCAGGACGUGGCCAAGCUGCUGGACAACCAGGUGGAGGUGUGCAAGGGCGUGCUCAGCAUCUACCGCCACAUGAUCAUGGAGCACACCAUGAACACGCAGACAUGGGAGCAGAUGCUGCAGGUGCUGCUGAGGAUUACGGAGGCGGUGAUGAAGAGGCCGCAGGAAGACCAGCGGAAGGACGCCUUCGCAGAGAGCUUAGCAGCCAUACUGUUCAGGACCAUCAUCGUGGCGUGGGUGCGGGCCAACCUGUGCGUGUUCAUCUCGCGGGAGCUGUGGGACGAGCUGCUGGCCGUGCUGUCCUCCCUCACGGCCUGGGACGAGCUGGUGGCCGAGUGGGCGGGCAUCAUGGACUCCCUGACGGCCGUGCUGGCGCGGUCCGUCUACGGCCUGGACAUGGCCGACCUGCCGCUGGACAAGCUGAGCGAGCAGAAGGAGAAGAGGCAGAGAGGGCGAGGGGUGAUCCCGGACUCCCAGAAGGCGGCGGCGGCGGUGGCGCGCUCCUUCUCCCUGAGCUGGAGGAACCAGGGUGACCAGGGGGCUCACCCGGGCCAGGAGCCCAUGAGGAUCCGCUCGGCCACCACGUCCGGAGCCCCCGGCGUGGAGAAGGCCCGCAACAACGUCCGGCAGAAGGCGUCUGCUAAGAGAAGCCAGUCCAUCAGCAACUGUGUCCAUCUUUACGAGGCUUUGCCCACUGCUAAGAGUGUUCCUAUGCUGCUCCACACUGUGAGCUCGCUCUUGCCCGGUAUCUCCUCUGGUAACUCUGCUUCCCCUCACAGACUCUCAGACGUGGAGGAGGGCCAGCUGUCGGAGUGCGGGCUGGAGGAGGAGAUGGGAGACGGUGACAGCCCCCUACCUCGUAGCAGCAGCACCUCUGACAUCACCCAGCAGCCGGCCGACACCUUCCCCGGCCAGAAGAGGGAGCCCUCCCCAACCUCCAUUGGCUCCGACAGCAGGACGUCCGAGUGCAGCAGGAGAGAGAGCAGCGAGCCUCCUGUGAUCCUGAUCCGGCGAAGCAGCAGUCCGGUGGAGCUCGACAGCACUUCCGACGGACAGACCAAUCACAUACGGCCCCAGCUCCGAGAGAAAAGCGAGAGCAUCAGCAGCGACACGUCCAACGGCUGCCCCACGGACGCCGAGGCCGCCUGGCAGACGUGGCAGGCCUACGAGGAGGAGGCCGACAACCAGUCCACGCAGUCGGCCCACAUGGACGUCACGGCGGACCCCCAGAACCAGAGGAACCUGCUGCUCAGCCAGGAGGCCCUGGCAGGUUCUGAUUGUCCCCUCCUCGCUCGCCCUGCGCCCCUCUCCCAGCACAACCUUUAUCUCACUCACAACUAUCAUCAUCCCAACCUCCACCACCACCACCACCAUCAGCACCGGAACCAACACCCCAACCCUCCGUCCUCGCCGGCCCUGCUCGUGCACACCGAGUGUUCGCAGUACUGCCACCUGGAGAACUCUCUGAACAGCAGCGAGUGCCUUGCGGAUGACGUCAGCAUCAUCGCCGGCGGCAGCCUGACCGGUUGGCACGCCGACUCGGCCUUUGUGCUCUGGCGAAGGAUUCUGGGUAUCAUGGGCGACGUGAACAACAUCCGCUGUCCCAAGAUCCACGCCAAGGUCUUCUGCUACCUCUACGAGAUCUGGCACAAGCUGGAUAAGAUCAGGGACAACCUGGGCAUCAGCGUGGACAACCAGUCCUCGCCCCCCCGGCCGCCGUUCAUUCCCCCACUGAGGAUGCUGGCCUCCUGGCUCUUCAGGGCCACCACGUUGCCAGCAGAGUACAAAGCAGGCAAGCUCCAGGCCUACAAGCUCAUCUGUGAGAUGAUGACCAAGCAUCAGGACGUCCUCCCCAACAGCGACUUCCUGGUUCACCUCUACCACGUGAUGCACCGGGGCUUCACCAGCGACGACCAGGACAUCCUCAACACCAUGAUCCGGUCCUGCUCCCCGCGGUUCUUCUUCCUGGGCCUCCCCGGCUUUUCCAUGUUGGUGGGAGACUUCAUCACAGCAGCCGCAAGAGUCCUGCACACUGACUCACCUGAGGUAUACUUUAACUGGCCUGGUGCUGUGUCCAUCGCCCCCUCGUCUCUGUGUACACAGUUUGGGAACAAGGCAGUGGCCCAGGUUGCGUGUGAUGUGUUUCAACUCCUGAUCCACUGGAAACACCUCCAGAGGCUGGAGCCCAGUCUUCCAAAAAAGAUCAUUGAGAUCUUUGUGGCCACAAUAGCCUUUCUGUUGCCGAGCGCGGAGCACUCUGUGGUGGAGGCGGACAAAAAGCUGAUGGUGUCCCUGCUGCUGUGCCUGUUGGACUGGUGCAUGGCCGUGCCCCUGGGCCUGCUGCUGGAGGCCAUCACCAUGCCCGUGCUGGACGACCCUGCCUCCCACAAGGCCCCGCUGCUCGACUACAUCUACAGGGUGCUGCACUGCUGUGUGUCGGGGUCCAACCUGCACACGCAGCAGAGCCACUACCUGCUCAGCCUGUCGGACCUCUCCACCGACUACGAGCCCUUCCUGGUGCUGGGCCAGGUGAAGAGCACCGAGCCGCCGCACGCCCACAACAACACCGCCGACUUCGGCAGCCUGCUCACCGUGGCUGAGGAGAAGAAGCGGCGCAACAUGGAGCUGAUCCCGCUGACGGCGCGCAUGGUGAUGACGCACCUGGUCAACCACCUGGGCCACCACCCGCUGAGCGGCGGGCCCGCCCUGCUGCACAGCAUGGUGAGCGAGAACCACGACAACCCCUUCGUGGAGUCGUCGGAGCUCUCCUCGGAGGUCUUCAAGAGCCCCAACCUGCAGCUGUUCGUCUUCAACGACAGCACGCUGGUGUCCUACCUCCAGAUCCCCGCCGAGCCCCCCGCCUCUGCCGGCCGGCCGCCCCCCCCCUCCGCCCAGGUGCGCGUCAUCGUGCGCGACAUCUCGGGCAAGUACUCGUGGGACGGCGCCGUGCUGUACCGCACCGAUGAGGAGGAGGGGGAAGACCCGGCAGACGCGGGGGUCUUCUCCCCUCCGCGGAAAAGGCAGCCGCCCGCCUCGCCGACAAAGGCCCCGCCGGAGCCCCUUCGCUGUUCCAUCGCGGACUCGGCCUUAUUCGGCUGCUGCGAGGAGCGGGAGGAGGACGAGGGGGCGGACACCCUGGACCGGCUCCUCGAGGAGCUGGGCCACACCAGCCCGGAGGUGCUGCCCCACGCGCAGCUCCGGCUCAACCAGCCCGCGGCCUCGCCCUGCGGCAUGAACCUGGAGCAGGAGGCGGCCAUCCUGGAGGCCGUCCUGCAGCAGACGGCGCAGGAGGAGGAGCAGGUGAGGAGGUGGGACGCCGACGUCAGCGUGCGGGCCGCCUGCCAGAAGGAGCCCGUCCACCAGGGGCCCAAAGCGCCCUUCUACUUCUGCCGGCUCCUGCUCAACGAACUGGGCAUGAACUCCUGGGACCGCAGGAAAAGUUUCCAUCUGCUGAAGAAAAACUCCAAGCUCUUGAGGGAGUUGAAGAACUUGGAUUCCAGGCAGUGUCGGGAGACGCACAAGAUCGCUGUUUUCUACAUCGGAGAAGGGCAGGAGGAUAAGUGCUCCAUCUUGUCCAACAGUGCAGGCAGUCGGGCCUAUGAGGACUUUGUAUCCGGACUGGGAUGGGAGGUGGACCUGGCCACCCACUGCGGGUUCAUGGGCGGUCUCCAGAGGAACGGCAGCACCGGCCUCACAGCACCCUACUACGCUACCUCCAACGUGGAAGCCAUCUUCCACGUGUCCACGCGCAUGCCCUCCAACUCGGAAGACUGCCUCACCAAGAAGCUGAGACACCUGGGGAACGACGAGGUGCACAUCGUGUGGUCGGAGCACACCAGGGAUUACCGGCGCGGCAUCAUCCCCACCGACUUCGGCGACGUGCUGAUCAUCGUCUACCCCAUGAAGAACCACAUGUUCUUCAUCCAGAUCAUGAAGAAGCCCCAGGUUCCUUUCUUCGGCCCCCUGUUCAACGGCGCCAUUGUGACGGGUGCGCUGCUGCCCAGCGUGCUGCGGGCCACCUGUAUCAACGCCAGCAGGGCUGUCAAGUCCCGGCUCACCCUCUACCAGAGCUUCUACGAAGAGCGGGCACUCUACCUGGAAGCCAUCGUCCAGAACCACAGAGAGGUCAUGACCUUUGAAGACUUUGCCUCGCAGGUCUUCUCCCCCUCGCCCAGCUACUAUCCAAUGAGUGGGACAGCGUGCCGGCGCUGGCCAGGGAUGGUGUGGGACAUGGAGUACCCCUGGGCCAAGCUGGACUGCUCCCUGACCGGCAGCACCAGCGCUGAGAGCGGCGUGGCCGCGGGAGCCGCCGACUCUGUCGACCAGGGGUCUCCCCCGAUACCCCGCGCCACAAAGAACCGAGUUUCCGGUAAACUCCGACGAUCUGCCAGCGCUAUUAGCAAGUCGUCCACCUGAGCUCUGUGAACCCCCUCCCCGCUCUAGCCCUCCAUAAGUACAGCCUUUGAACUAUUCCUCAAACUAAAACCUCACCGAUCCGUCCCGUGACGCCGCCAUGACUGCAGACAUUUUGGUAGCCUCUCCCUCUAUAUAUAUCUAUCUAUUGUCCCGUGAUCGAACAUGUAAAUGGAGCACAUUGCAAUUGGCUUGUUUUUAAUCCAUUUAAAAAAGCGCCCACUGUCUGUUUACUUCUCCAAUGCAUUUCCUUGUGUCUCGGGUGGUCGGCUGCUUCAAGAACGACGGACCCCCGGAGACGAUGACUUAUUUAUGUGUGCGUGGGGCUUCGGCUGCAGUAGGACUCUGUGACUCCCUUCACGUGUUUAAUCGAACCUGUGAUUUUUCCUCGUGCGCGUUUCUUUCCGUCUCUCUUUGUGCCCGAGCAAAAACAAAAAACCACUGGAGAGCGGUGGGAGGGUGUGGGGUUAACUGAUGGCGCUGCAUCUAAUCCCCGCUCCAGGUAGUUAACACUGGACGAGAGCCGGAAGGUUUUCCUGAACCUGGCAGGGAGAGAUCCUCAUUUCCUGCCCGCAUGUUCUCUCACCAAAGCCGGGGAAAGACUGUUUUUAACGCACUCGAAUGUUGGAUCUUAUGCAUCGAUUUUGUUCCUUUGUUGUUUUUCUUGGUUCCUUGGGUCGGUUCUGAUGCUCCUAUCUUGUUCUGGUGUAUUUUCUCGAUGUUUUGGACCGAACCUAGUGGGUGAAGUUGAUGUCUAGAGAGGUCUGCACUGUCUGGAGCACUUAUACAGACGCGGUUCUGGCUCUGGGAGACUGAGCAUGUUCGGUAGAAGGUUCCGUUUUUCUUAUUCUUUUUUACAUUUUAAUUAUGUUGAAGCCAGGCUGAGCAAAUUAUGUUGUCUUUCCAACCUGGAGUUGAAUCUAAACUCGUUUCGAGUACAAUUUUUAUCGCUGUUGGUUUCCUGUGUUUUAAAUUAAUUCCGAUAGAUUCUGCCAUGCUUUGAUUUAUGCAACCACUGGAACGAGAAGAGACGGUGUAAUUGUUUUCUAAUGUGAUUUUCAUUUGACUUCCGUCCGGUUGUUCAAGCUCAGUUCCUCCUCCUCCUCCUCCUCCUCCUCCUCCUGUCUCUCCUAUGCCAUCAUCUUCUCCUCCUUCUCCCUUCUUCCGAGAGGAGAGAAAGAUCACAUUCCGACGUCCCAUCCCAUGUCUUUUGCACUCGCCGUCGUCGAAGAACUUGCGAUGGCUGUUUCUUAUUUUUUUAUGUCUUUGCGUCUAAAUUGCUUUAAAAGUUGAUUUGCUUUCGUGCACGUUUUGUUGAUGUUUGUGUGUAUAUAUAAAUAUAUAAGGGGACAGAGUGAGAGAUAGAGUGAUAUAUUUGAUUUAUUCUGCUGUAGUGAUGUGUAAACGUGUCCACAUGCUGUUUGAGAGGCGAUCUUUCGCCAGGACCUCAGGUGAAACUUUACUACGUGUGUGUGUGUGUGUGUGUGUGUGUGUGUGUGUGUGUGUGUGUGUGUGUGUGUGUGUGUGUGUGUGUGUGUGUGUGUGUGUGUGUGUGUGUGUAUAUACGUACGUGUGUGUGUGUGUGUUGCAUAGGGAGCCACGGUGGUUGUCGUUGUUGUUUUUAUUUGUAAGUGUGUCCAAGGAGCUUCCCACCCAGUUUCCUGUGCACUGUCUUCCCACUCUGAUCCUUCACCAUUACCCACUUCCUCCCCCCACUCCAUCGGCCCCUAAACUCAUCUCCAACGGAUCUGCGUCUUCGCCCUGGCAUCCUGGGUCCCGCCUCGCCGCACACACACACACACACACACACACACACACACACACACACACACACACACACACACACACACACACACACACACACACACACACACACACACACACACACACCUCCUGCUCCCUGUGACUGAGCGCCCGCUGUGUUUCGGUCCCACGGUGCGCAUGUGAACAGGUUGUCCUGCUCUCUGGGCGCCGUGGUUACUCUUUAUUACAGGUGCUGCUGCUCUCUCGGUCUGCCAUGCGCUCACCGGUGGAGUCAGAUGACACCGUGUCUCCCUCCUCCUCCUCCUCCUCUUUCCCAUGCUACAGCCCUCUCCCCCCCCCCCCCCCCCCAGCCCCUCCCGUCCCCAUGUAGCCUCCCAGGGGCCCAAUGGGAGGGUGGGAUCAGGUGGGGCAGGUGUCGAGGUGGCACGCCGCAUCCGUGAUCCAGCAACCCCUCCUAGCAACGGCGCAGGCUGAAAGUGCUCCGAUGCCACCUCCAAGCUGCCCAUUUCCGUUGUCAUGGUAGCCAGGUGUUAUUCAAGCAGAAACACACAUACGCAACCUCUAAGGGGCUCCACCCAUGGCUGUAACACUAUCCCCAUCUGUUGCAUUACUAUGCCUCAUCUCCCCACCCCCCCCCCCCCCCCCCUUCUCCAUCCCGUUGUUUUUGUUUUGUACCGUUGCUUGCGUCUUGUUUUCUGUUGUUAAUUGACUUCCUGUUUCCCGCUCUUCGACCUAUAGCGUCUACGUAACUGCGGGCUUUUGAGAUGCAAGUCUGUUUAGUUUGUUUGUUUUGCACAUCUUUUGAAUGUAUAGAUUAAAAGCCUCUGAGGUGUUUCUAGCUUUUCCCGCUCUCUCUCACAAGGCUGAGAACAGCCCAGGAUGUUGAUUAAAGAUACUAGUGUGUAAAUGAUGUUUGUAGAUCCAUGUUGAUGCAUUGGGGAUUAAGGAGUUGUUUAGUUUGGACCGAGAUAAGGAAUGUGUCUUAUGUGUGCUGGCUUCUAAUCAUGUGAUGCAACAGAGAUUUUGUCCGUUAGUUUGUUCUGGUUUGGUGUUUCUGGUUUAGGAACUCCUGUCCUUUGUGGGCAAGAACCCAGGGCUCCUGUACCUACUGAAUAUAAAUACAAUAAUGCUUGUAAUAUAACCUUUGUAUAUGAGGAAGAGGGUGAAAAGCUUGAAGCAUCAUUACUUGUGAACAUAUCAAACUGUUUUUAAUGACCGAAGUUCUGCUAUCUUUAUUAGAAAUGUGAAAAUCAAAAACAUUUCAUUAAAUUAAUUUGGAAUUCUA